AUGUUUUUUGUGAGGGUGGAGAAUGGCGCGGUUGGGGGCGUGGGGAGGGGGAUCGUCAAGGUGGUGGAGGUGGAGGCGGGGGUGUGGAAGCUUUGGACGGUGUUUACUCCCCUGGAGGAGGUGAAGAGGGCGGACGAGAUGAGAGCGGAUGAGAGCGAGUUGGUCGAUGGCAGCCCGGAGGUGUUGAUUGUUGGGGCUGGCCAGUCCGGUAUUACUGCCGCUGCACGGCUCAAGAUGCUCGGGAUUUCGGCCCUCAUGAUCGACAAGAAUAAGGCCGUCGGCGACAACUGGCGCAAGCGGUACAGCCAGCUUGUGUUGCACGAUCCGGUAUGGUACGACCACCUGCCGUACAUCCCUUUCCCCGACUUCUGGCCUGUCUUCACGCCCAAGGACAAGUUGGGUGACUGGUUUGAAUCAUACGCCAACGCCCUAGAGCUCAACGUGUGGACGCAGACGGAGCUGAUUAGCAGCUCCUGGGACGAGAAGGAAAAAGUGUGGACGGUAGAGAUCAGGCGCAUUCGGGCAGACGGCGUGUCGGAGACGAAAUCUCUAUCCCCAAACACCUCAUCAUCGCAACCGGACAUUCAGGUAAGGCCUACAUGCCGUCGAUCCCAGGGACCGACUCCUUCAAGGGUGGCUUGGCUCUGCCAUUCAGGCGACUUCCCUGGUGCCCGCGAGAGUGGCAAGGGCAAGAAGGCUGUGGUUGUCGGCGCAUGCAACUCUAGCAUGGACAUCUGCCAAGACUACGUCGAGAAGGGGUACGACGUGACCGUGGUGCAGCGUUCGUCCACCUUUGUCAUCUCGAGCCAGAGCUGCUUGAAGGUCGCGCUCGGCGGGCUCUACGAGGAGUCCAGCCCACCAGUGGAAGACAGCGACAUCUUUGUUUGGGGCAUGCCAAGCCCGGUUCUGAAGUCUCUCCAGGUGGAUGUCACGACCAUCGCGGGACAACGUGACAAGGAGAUUCUGGACGGGUUGGAAAAGGCCGGCUUCAAAGUUGACAAGGGCCCGUCGGAUUCAGGCAUCUUCGGCAAGUACCUACAGAGAGGAGGCGGUUACUACAUUGAUGUAGGCGGCUCAAAGUUGAUCAUCGACGGCAAGAUCAAGGUCAAGCACGGUCAAGAAGUGGAGCAGGUUCUGCCGACGGGCUUGAAGUUUGCGGAUGGCAGUGAGUUGGAGGCGGAUGAGAUUGUGUUCGCGACUGGAUACGACAACAUGAGGACGACGGCCAAGGCGAUUCUAGGACAGGAGCUCCCGGACAAGGUGGGGGAUAUCUGGGGUUGGGAUGAAGAGGGCGAGAUGCGGACCAUCUGGACGAGCAGUGGGCACCCCGGCCUGUGGUUCCAUGGCGGCAACUUGGCCAUGUGCAGAUACUACUCGAGGCUGGUUGCUCUGCAGAUUUUGGCCAAGCUGAAAAGUUUGGAAUAA